CCUAGCCUCAGACCUCCCGGCUGCCGCCGGAGCGCCCAAGCUGGCUCCCGCUGCGGACGAUGCUGCGCGCCCAGGAUGCUGUCGCGCCGGCUCCUGCUUCUCUCCGCGCUGGUCAGCCUUUGCCUGGGCUUCGGCGCGCACGGGACAGAACUGCCCAGUCCUCCUUCUGUGUGGUUUAAAGCCAAAUUUUUCCAGCACAUCCUCCACUGGGUACCUAUCCCAAAUCCAUCGGAAAACACCAGCUAUGAAGUGGCCCUCAUGAGGUACGGAAGCAGGCUCUGGAAGACAAUUCCCAGCUGUAGCCAGGCCUUGGAGUUGUCCUGUGAUCUCACCAACUUCACCCUGGACCUAUACCACAGCAAUGGCUACAGGGCCAAAGUCCGAGCAAUAGACGGCAGCCAGCAUUCCAACUGGACCCUCACCAAAACCCGCUUCACUCUGGAUGAAGUGACUCUGACAGUGGAUGGCGUGACCCUUGAGGCGCUCAACGGCUAUAUCUUUGGGACGAUCCAUCUCCCUGGAUCCCAGGUGGCCCCUGAGGGCAACACAUACCAAGACAUCUUCGAAUAUUUCCGCACUUAUACGAUUGCCUUCCGUAAAGUGCCAGAACGAACGUUCAAAAUAAAGAUGGUUAAUCGUGAGAACUUUAGCCUCUCAUUCCCAGGAGAGGUGGGAGAGUUCUGUGUCAAGGUGAUGCCAAAUGUGGAAUCCCGAGCUAACAAGGCGGAAUGGUCGGAGGAACAGUGUUUACAUCUCACCAAGCAGUAUUUCACGGUGACCAACCUCAGUAUCAUCUUCACUUCCAUCCUGCUAUUUAGUGGAGCCCUGGUCUGCCUGGCCCUCCAGCUCUAUGUGCGGCGCCGGGGGAAGCUACCUGCAGUCCUGAUCUUCGAGAAGACCAGCCCUUUCUUCCUGGUCAACUUUCCCUGCCCUGACACUUACAACACCAUCCACAUCUUAGACCUGGUGACCUUCCAGAAGGUGUCACCAGAGCUGAAGGACUCAGACCUUCAUGGCAGCACAGACAGUGGCUUUGGCAGUGGCAAGCCAUCACUGCAGACUGAAAAGCCCCAAUUCCUCCUCCCUGGCCCACACCCCCAGACACAGGAGGCUCUGGGAAAGGGGGAACCCCCAGAGCUGCAGGACAGCCAUAGUGAUGGCAGCAGCGACAGCACAGACAGUGGGAUCUGCCUGCAGGAACCCAGCUUACACCCCAGCACAAGACCUACCUGGGAGCAGCAGGUUGUGGGCACCAGCCAGGGCCAAGAUGACAGUGGCAUUGGCCUAGUUCCAAACUCUGAAGGACAGCCUGAGCAUACAAAAAGUGGCUCUCACUUGGGACAUGUCAGUCUACUAGGGCCUGCAGUCCCUGAGGAAGAAGCACCAGCUGUGGUGGCAGUCCAGGGCUACCUGAAACAGACUAGAUACACGGAAGACAUGACAAACCCAACAGGCUGCCUGGAGGAAGAGGUUUCCUUGAUAGAUGCUUUUGACCCUAAACUGAGGACGUGCUUGCAAGCCGAGUCAGAUUGGCCUUCCCUGGCUCUGGCCAAAGGUUAUUUGAAACAGGAUACCCCAGGGAUGACUCUGGUUCCCACGGGGACCCCAGGUGAACACUGGAAUCAACUGCCUGAAGAGUGGCCACUCCUGGUCUUACCUAGCUGUGAAGACCCCAACACAGUUAGCUGGAGUUUUGCCCAUGAUCCUGCCCCUCUAGACUGUGUGGCAGCCCCCGGUGGCCUCCUGGGCAGCUUUGAUUCCAACCUGGUCGCCCUGCCGCUGAUCUCCAGCCUACACACAGAGGAUUGACAUGGGUGCAGGGCUGUUUGGAUUUCAGCCAUUCUUGCGCCUCUGCCUAGACCAGGUGGAGGGCUCCAGGGUCAAAGAAAUACGUGGUCACUUUUCUGUUGCUGGCUGUGCUCCACAGAGCAAGAUGAGGCCAUCUUGCUGGCAAGUGCCCAGUAUAUAGGUGGCUGUGUGAAUUCUGCUGAGAGAGACCCUUCAGACUCCAGCAGAGCUGAGCAUGGUGGGCAGAGAUCUCCUCCUCCUUGGGGCUCCUUCCUGUUCUGUAAAGAUCCUGUGCUGUGUUUAGGGGAACCCUGGGCUUUCUGGAGCUGUGGUAUGGCUGCCAGGCUAAAGUCAGCUCAGCCCAAAUGCCUACCGAGAGGAUGGAAUGUCUGUCCUGCUGCUAGGUGUAGAAGGGGUUUGAGGGGGAAAGGAAGGAGUUUGAUCUCGUCACAUGGAGAGGCUCCCCUGAUGGCAGUCUACUUGGGCAGGGAGCUUGUCACUAGGAGAUCUUGAGGUACUAGAGACUCAUCACCCAGUCCAAGAACCGCAGGGACAAAAGGGGUUGAGACACAUAACUUGUCCCUUUUGUAGGGUGCCUCUGCCAUCUAUCUGCAGACAUUUCCCUCUUUCCAACAAACACAGCGGUGUCACCCUGGGGUACUUGAAGUGGUUUAAGGCACUUGCCAUCACUUCUUACUGUUCACCAUUUUGCUGACAAACCAGAUAAGCUGUGGUUGUCUGUGUUAGACAACCGCCCUUCAGGCAGCCCCUGCACUUGGGCACUGGCUCAACCUGGCCCCAGAGAGUCAGGGUUGGGACCCAUAUAUGUAUUUGCUGCUAAUGUCCAGCUACAGACCCAGAGAAUACGGGGCUGGGCUGGCAUCUCCGUGUUCAGCUGUGUGAGGCCAGCAGCUUCUCAGGGGUCUGAAAUAAGGACCGAAUAUUUAGAGGGUCCCUCAUGAUGAAUGUUAGCAAAGCUAGCACUGGAGGUGAUAUUUUAGGCUCUGCCAACCUCUGGGCUGGGAGGAAGUGGACUCCGGAACCCAUCUGCCCGCAACCAGCUUCCUCUUCAUGCCAAAGGCUCAGAGAUCUUGGGGGAGCCUAGGGCCUUGUGCCAGGAGAGCUGCCAGUCACUGGAGCUCUGAGGUGGCAGAUGUGGAUCCUGUUUCCUCAUACUAAAUUUGAGACCUAUCUUUAAACAAAGGCAGUUUGUGGUCCCCAAGCAAAGAUGCUGAGAGGAAAGACAGGCCUGCUGAUGUCCCCCCAGAGCCAUUUCCUGGCCGGGAGUUUCUCCAAAAGCAGACCCAGGGAAAGCCAGCCAUGAGCCCUGCCAUCCUACCAAGAAGGUCAUAAUGACAGUCUGAUAACAGAGUUCCCUCUGAUGUUGGGAGAACUCCUUAAGAUUCCCUUGGAACCUUUAUUUAUUUAUUUUCCUUACCUAUUUAUUGAAGAGGCAGCAUAUCAGAGGCACAGAGCUCUAGGUCUCUCAGGAGCCCUGAGGCCUAGUUCUGACUGUGCUGUUUUAGCUGUGUGACCUUGGGCAAGUCACGCUUCCUCUUCAGGCCUCAGUUUCCUUGUCUGUAAAACUGGGAAAGUGCCUGACAUCUAAUUCCUAGGGGUAUUUGAUCCCACUGAGAAAAUGGAUGUGAAUAUGCCUUACACAGUUGAAUGAAUGGUAUGUGUUUUUCAUUCCAAUAAAUUCUCAGGAAUCUUG